ACAACCACCGUGUAAGCUACCACUGGUGUGUGUGUGUGUGUGUGUGUGUGUGUGUGUCUCUGGGGGGGUUGCCACACAUCUAAAUUCCCCUAGAUUAAUGAGCAAAUCAUUAAAUAUUGAGGGAGGCAGUAGACAUCAGAGAAUUUCCAAUAUUAUCCUUUGUCACUUCAAAAAGUACUAGAAUAAAAUUUGGCAGCAUGACAUAGGUGUGAGGGGAAACAGUAGAUGCUAGGGACACACUUCAAUAUAUUUUAAUGAAUAAAAAAUUUAAUAGAACAAAAGGUUUUGCAGCUCAAAAGACAUAUACAUUGGAGUCACUAGACACCAGGGUCAUCAUUUAAUAUUACCCUAAGCUACUUACAAGAAAGGAUUUGAACACAAGCAUGUCAAUAACAAGACAAAGGACUUACAGAGGACUUGAUAGAGCAGUCUAUUUUGCAUACUGAUGCAUUUUCUGAACAAUAAGAUGUAUAAAACUGUAACGUCUGCCAUUAUUGACUGGCUGCAAUAUUCUGUUCACUACAAUGGACAGAGCAGGUAUAAGAGGCAAAAUUGGGGUGUUCUCUAAAAUCAGGAGUAGUUGAGUUGGAUGAAGGUGUGUCCACUGGGGGGGGGGAGGGGUACUGACAUUACUUCUAAGCAGUCAUGCUCCAGAUUUACAGACAAAAUCAGGAAGAACACUAGACAGCAGCAAGGAGAAAUUUCAAAUAAUACUCAAAGUCAGUUAAAAGGUUAAUAGAGCAGCAAAUCUAGCAUUAUGAUGCAGUAUCUGAACAAGAAGAAGACUGAAACUGUAAUGAAUGGCAUUAUUGCCUGUAUAAAUCGUUGACCUGUGAUGGGCAGAGAAAAUAUAAGAAGCAACAUCAGGGAUGUUCUGUAAGCUAAGAGACCGCUACAAGAGAAAUGGUAGUAUGCCUGUGUGCCUGUAUGUGUGUGUGUGUUUGAAAGUAUGUGUGUGCAUGUGUCAGAAUGCAUGAGAGAGUUGCCUGUGCCAGCAUGAUGCCUCAGCCACUAGAGGUGAUUACCACAGGAAAAUGCUAAUUAGCAAUAGCAAAAUCUUCUAAUUCUUAAAAAAAAAAAAAAAAAAAAAAACAGAAAGAAGCACUGGUAAAUUUGAUUGUUUGCUGAAAUGUGGGUUAAAUGUUAAAUGCUUCAUUUCUUAGUUUACUGUAUAAUUCAUUUUAUUUGCUAAGCAAUCCUUUUUUGUUAUUUAUAGUUGUUUCACUAAAGUGGUUUCAAUAAUAACCUGAAGACCAUGCUAGAAAGAUGCCAGCAGAAAAGAUAGCAAGACCCAGAAAUACGACAUGAACAUGACUCAGGUCUGGGAUACGACAAGCUGAGAAACAUAUUCAUGAACUUUAAUCGUCUCCAUUUUACCAUUUUGGAAGGUCUUAUCAUUUUAUGGCGUCAGGAACUUCUAACAGCUCGGGCAGCCCGAACCUGUUUGGUACUUUACAACAACAACCAGACAUUAUGGACAUACCUAUGCUGUUGAAUACACUUACCCAGCGUAUGGACCAGAUUGUAACCCGGCUUGACGCUGUGGAUAAAUGACAAAGUGAAGUUUUAAGAUUCAAUAAUAACCCACCUGGUCUUAACCAACCAAGCCAAUGCAUUCUGAACCAGAAUUUUUCUGGUUGUGACUCAACACAGGACAAUAGAUUGCAAUCAAGUGGGUUUUCUAUUCCACCAGCUCAGCAAGUUUGGCCGGGUGUAAAUUUUACUCCAAUAGGUACCGAUAACAACGCGGGCCAUAAUAGUGUUUCAGGGCUUAUUGGAGCUCCUUCUUUCCUAGAUUGGGUUAACGAUACAGUGAAGCUCACUACGGGCUUCACCCGGAUGCAGGAGCAACCGGCCACGGACACCUCAACACCGCAAUUGUUAUGCCAUCAGUGGGAAAAAUCAAACACAAUAAAACUGUGACAUCAAAUACAGAAUCCAAGCAGAAGAUAAAAAAACCUAGACGUAGAGCUCCAGACAAGCACCCAUCUACAAACAGAUGAAUACAAGAUAAACAAUGUUGGAGAAACUUUUUUCCUUCAUCUUUUGGAUUACUUUCUUACCUCCAUAUGCUACAUCAGUGGAAAAUAUUAUUGGAACAGUAAAUAAAGCUGCACUGCUACCUUGCCUGUUUGUCAGCAGCAACAUGAAUAAUAACGAACUUGUUAUCACAUGGCAACGUACUGAAGUUCCUACCAUAGUACACAGUUACUUUGAUGAAUCUGAUCACCCUGAGUACCAGCAUGGCGUUUAUAAGGGCAGAACCCAGCUGUUCCCAUCAGAAUUCACCAAAGGGAAUGCUACACUAAGUAUUACGGCACUUAAUGUUACAGACUCAGGAGAAUACACUUGUUUUGUUCAUACAAAAGAAGAAAUGGACUGGCAAAAACAUGUAAUAAAUCUCAGUGUCACUGAACCUAACAAUGAUGGAGAAAGCAAUGAAGCUAAUGAACCUUGCCAUCAGAAUAUCAGACAAAGAAUAACUUCUGUUCCAAUUUUGUCCUGUAGUUUAGUGGUUGCAGCCAUAUUCAUCAUAAUGAAAAGAAAGACAAAACAAUCAGCUUUAUUGAGUGAAGACGAAAAAAAUGAACUUGCAGGCUGCAAAAGAAAUGGAAACUAUGGGACAUUUAUUAACAGAACUAUAUUCCAGACAUACUCCAAAACAUUUUUGAUCCCCACAAAAGACCAGAAUCAUCUGCUGAGUGUGCAAUCAAAUGAAUUAUUUACACAACUUGAUAAAAUAACUCAUUCAAUGAAAAGGAUGCUUCUUGUGGGAGAACCAGGUAUGGGUAAAAGUCUAAUGACUCAAGAAGUUGUCCGAGAGUCUAAUGCAGGCAAGUUAAGAUACAGAAAUGUCCUUAAUCUGACUUUUGAUCAGCUAAAUGAAGUGCAAGAUCAAACAAGCAUCAGAAAACUUAUUUCACAGAAAAACAACCCAUUUUCCAAAGCUAUCCUAACAGCCUUAAUAAACACUCCUAAUGACGUAUUGAUUAUCUUAGAUGGACUGGAUGAGUUCAAACAUGAUCUGAGUAAGGAAGCAAAAUUAGAAGGGAAAGAUAUCUCUUCUUCACUUCCCAUUAACACAAUUGUGUUCAACAUUAUCACAAAAUCUUUGCUCCCUGAAGUUAGUGUCCUUGUUACGACCCGGAGGGCAGAUAUAGAAAAUAUUGCUGAGUAUUUUGACUGCAUGCUAAUUCUACAGGAAUUCUCACGUGAACAGCUGGAAUCAUAUUACAUGUCAGUCUAUAAAAAGCAGAUAAGAGAGUUACUGGAAAACUGUUUUCAGAUGAAUCCUAAACUGAGAUACCUUGUGCAUAUUCCAUUCAAUAAUUAUAUACUACACCAAAUUUUGGAGGGCAGUUUAAAAAAUUCUAACCAAAAUAAUUGCUUAAAAAUGUUAAGUACAUGCAGCAAACUUCUGUCUAAUUUAAUUUAUUACGCUUGGAACAGAAAAACAAAAAACGGCAAUGAUGUCAGAAUUCACAUAGGCCGAGUCUCAGAUUCACUGAGUUUUUCUAAUACUGUGUAUCACCUUGGAAAACUCUCUUAUCACCACCUGUUAUCAGGCAACCUGAACAUAACUGUAAAAGAUGCUGAGGAACACGGUGUAAAUAAAUCCAUUUUGAAAAUAUUUCACGGCUUAAUUUUCAAGAAACCAGAUAAGCAUUAUUUUGAAUAUCAGCAUAGCACUGUAAAAGAUGUAUUUGCAGCAAUGUAUUGUGUGAUCGAAAUUAAAAAUGCUGCUGAGCUUAUGGAAUGUCUGAAUGCUUGGUGGUUUGGGAAAGCGAAUCGUAAUCCAAAGUGUAAACUUAUCACUCCAGAGAUAACAACCAAUAAGACACAGAAGCUGCAGACCUUUAUGCGUUUUUUUAUGGGUUGCUUCUAUAUGAAAAAAGAUCUAGAUUCCGAUCACUGGAAUCCAAAUUUUGAAAAUGACAGUAAAAAAGCCCUAACAGAAUGGUUUGUGCAGUGCACACAGCAGAGUGACUUCUCACAAAAUAAUUUACUGAACCUUUUACAUUGCUUGUCUGAACUAGAAAACCAUGACGUGACUAAGGAAGUAGCUUGUUCCAUAAAGAAAGUUGACUUUUUUAACAUACCCCUUACUUCUGCAGACAUUUCCGCCAUGCAGUUCUGCCUUGAGCACUCACAACUUGAUGAACUUGAUAUCCGCUUGUGUGGCCUGGGUGAUGAAGGCAUUAAACGAUUAAGAAGAAUACUCCUUAAUUCAAAAUGUGUCAGAAUCAGUUCAAACAACCUGACUGAGAAGUCUGCAACCGUCUUAAGAUGGAUUCUUGAAGACCCAGCCUGUGCCAUAGAAGAGAUGGCAGCAUCAACAAAUACUCUGGAAUGCAGCGGUGCUCAACAACUGUGGAAAGCCCUUCAGACUAAUACCACACUGAGGUUUCUCUACGUUGAUGAUAACAACAUCACUGGAGAUGCAAUUGCUGACUUGGAUGAAAGUUUGAAGAAAAACUCCACGAUAAAGACAAUACACAUGUGUUGCAACCCCCUUGGAAUAGAUGCACUGAGGAGAAUCCAAGACAUCACUGCACAGUGCCCAGUAAAGAUUGUAACUCGAAUUGUGGAAGAUGAAGGUCUUAUCAGUUACACAGCCGGCCAUGUGAAGGCAGCUUUCACUGAAUGGCAGCAGUACAACCAUGUGUGGCUUCAGUCACUUCUUCAGGCUGUACUUCAAGAUUUAACAGAGGAGGAACCAAGGAAAGAACUCCAAGAAAAAGUUAUACAUCUAAAGGAAGAUAUUAAUCAGCUCCUGAAAAUAAUUAGAGAUAAAUAUAGGGAAAGGCAUUAAAAUGUUAUAUUGUACAAGUCACAUUGCCUGCAUAGAAAUGAAUGGAGAAGAACAUUAUAUUUAAUACGUAGAAAAUAUUCCUAUUCCCUGGCAUGUUAUUCCUUGACUAGCCAAGAGUGCUCACCAUUUUCAAAUGAAAACACUUAGAUUCUCAUAAUGUGAGGACAGAGAGGAGAAUGUAAACCUGAGCAUUAUUAAGAGGAGUCUGUUAUUUGAAAAGUAACUUUUUUAUGAAAGAAUAAAAGCAAGAGAGAGAGUGAAGUAAAAUGAUAUUUGGCCUGACUCAGUUCCUAGCGCACAUGUGACACCUGAUGCUUGGAGCCCCAGUGCUGAUAAAAGUAAGCUGGCACAUUGUGUGUGAGUACUUUAAGGCAUUUUAUCCACCAGUAUUAGACUCUGCUUCCAUUUGCAGGCUACCUAUAUAUACUAAAUUGGAGGACUUUUCCUCAGAGAAAGGGAAUACUCUUAAGAAACUGCAGCAUCAGAAUUAAUAUAUAUUCCCCCACAUUUGUAUAUAAAGCAUUAGCAUUCUGGAAGUCAUGACUCCAGUUUUCUGGACUUACAACAGACUUACGACAUGUCUUGCAACAUACUACACAAACGUUUUCAGAGUAAUAAUAUACUAAAUAGUUAAGAACCUUCACCCUUAACAGAGCUUCAUCUGAUCUAACUCCAGAUUACAUUUAUGUCACGUAAUCUGGAGUUUGAUCUGAUGAAGCUCUGUUAAGGACGAAAGCAUUCAUCUUUUUAAUAUAUUUUACUUUUCAAUAAAAAAGUAUUGAUUUCUAAACCAGUUAUACAUGAUUGAUUACUCUGAAGUUUCAAAUGAGAUCUGUUACAGUUUUUUUCUCAUUGUAAGAUGUUUUAGGCAGCAACUUUGUUUUCCUUACAGUUUAAUGCUUUUCCUUAAGGGUAGGAGACAUCUUACCCCCUAGGGUGGGAAAACUAUUGUACCUUACUACAACGAUGUUUUAUAUAU